AUGACCCUCACCGAACUCGUCGCCAUCUCCUCCCACCCCCCGUCCUCCUCAGGCGCCUCCGCUUCACCAGAAGCCUACAUCUCUCUCCAUGACCUCCACUCCUUCACCCAAACCUCCACGUUCAAGAAGUCAUGCACACCAUCCAACUCCCUCGCCAUAUCUCCAACCCACAUCUUCGCAGCUCAAUCCGAUAAAACAGUACUCAAUGUCUACAACCGCACCAAAAACUCAUUAGAAACUACUGUUCCGCUACCGGAACAAUUAACCGCAGUAACAUGCUCAAGUAAUGGCGGGAUCGUAGCAAUGGGUACCGCCAGUGGCAGGGUCAACAUCUGGGAGACCUCCUCGGGCCGAUAUACCUCAACCCCACUCUCCCAUCUCCAAAAGAUCACAAGUAUAACAAUAGACCCAACCUCGACUUUCCUCCUAACCGGCUCUCUGGACACCAACAUCCUAGUCUGGUCAAUCCCCCACCUCCUCCUCCCGUCAUCUGCCAAAAGGCCAUUAAGAACCCUAGAAUACCACCAACAACCCAUUAUCUCCGUAUUAUGCGGCCACGGCACCGGACCAUCCGCUCUCGCCGUCUCAGCGGCUGCAGAUUCAAGUGUAAUAGUCUGGAACUAUCAAGACGGUAGUUUACUCCGAACUUUCACACUAUCCAGUAUUCCAACCUGUUUGGCGUUGGAUCCAGUGGAUAGAGGGUUUUAUGUGGGGUUUUCGGAUGGUUCUAUUCAACAGGUGGAGUUUUCGAAGGUUGGGAAUAGGACUGUGGAGUUGGGGAAUGGGACUACUUCACCGGCUGAGAGUAGUAGUGGGGGGGAUGGGGAGAGGUCGUAUGAUUCUCCGUUGUAUAGAGCGGAUGAGAGACAUAUACCUAUUGCUACGAGUGGGAGUGGGAGUAAAUGGACUGCGGAGGGUCAUGAUACGGCUGUUACUACUAUGGAUGUGGUUUUCCAAGGAAAUUACCUGGUAGCGGGUUCUGAAGGCGGGAGUGUGAAUGUUUGGGAUGCGGCGUCAGGACAAUUGUUUCGUACUCUAGCGACUUACAAAGCCCCGAUAUCAAACGUCAAAGUCCUCCCACCGACAGGAUUCAGCGAAGAUACCGUCACAACCUCACAACUAACAAUCAUCCCACCGCGAUACCACGAAGCCGUAAAGGCGUCUUCUGGAAAUCAAGUAGACGUAGACACCACCCUCCCACCCAUGUCACUACAAUUCCACAACACUCUAAAUCCAACUCCAGACCCCUUCUCACCAGCUUCAGAUCUUGAUGCCAUAAAACGGGGUAUAGAAUACUUCAACUCCCCCACCACAGCAAGCUCGACAAAUAGCAUCAGGGGCGAUCAAAUAACAAUAACUGAAUUCAAGAGCAGCGAAGAUGCUGAAAAGAUUGAAACCUUAGAAAAGGAAUUGGCGACGGUGAAGGAGAGGUAUAAACGACUUAAUGAGGUUCAUAAACAAACUUGGGAAGAGCAUACGAAGUGGGUUAUGGAGGUUGAUAAAGAGAAGGCAGAGAAGAUGAAGGAGAUGGGACCGGAGGGGAUGGAAGAGUAA